AUGUCUGGUCAAAGGUACAAACGGACUAAUUUUGAUGAUGAAGAAACUCUAUCUAAUGGUGGUAGUACUCCAACUCAAAUGGAGUUUGCUCCAGGGAUUAUGUUUAAAGGAGGGGUAAAUGUAUGGCAGAGGAAGUCAGCGUUAGAGAGGAUAUUAUUAGUACUAUUAGUAAUAUUAUUAGUUAUAUUGAUAAUUAUCGCCUCAUUAUUAGCUGUGAAGGAAAAGGAAGUCAAAUAUCUUACUACGCAAAAUAAAACAGUCUGUUUAACACCCAAUUGUGUUAUUGUAGCCAGUAAUUUAUUAUCGUCUAUGGAUAGAACUGUUAAUCCAUGUGAGGAUUAUUUUAAAUAUGCAUGUGGUGGCUGGAUUAAAGCUCAUCCAAUACCAUCAGGCCAUUCACAUUGGGGAACAUUUGAGGACUUGUGGCAGAAGAACCAACUUGUCAUGAAAAAUCUCAUAGAGCAGCCUGAAGCAAAUAUGGGUAGUUUAGCAGAACGUAAAGCUAAGAGGUAUUAUAAAUCAUGUAUUGACAAUAAGAAGAUUAUAGAAAGACUGGGGGCCAAACCAUUAAAACGCGUACUUGAUAUGAUUAUUAAAGAAAAUAAUGAUCAACCUCCCAGCCAACAGAUCCAAGACUUAUUAGAAGAAAUUCAUCUAUUAGAUAUUACAGCUCUAUUUAAUGUCUGGGUAGGGGAAGAUGAUAAGAAUUCCUCCAAAAAUAUUUUACAUGUAGAUCAAGCUGGACUAGGAUUACCAGAAAGAGAUUAUUAUCUCAAUAAAUCUAUAACAGAAGAUAAAGUAUUAAAGGCUUAUUUGAAAUAUAUGGUAGAUGUACAGUUAUUAUUAGCCAAUGGUGAUGGAAGUUUACGCAAUGAAACUACUGAAAAUAUGAUAGAAGUUAUCAAAUUUGAAACUUUAUUGGCUAAUGCCACAGUACCAAAUUCUGAAAGACGUGGCAUUCAAAAACUUUAUCAUAAAAUGACAAUAGCUGAAAUUCAAAAGAAAUUUCCAAUGAUAAAUUGGUUAAGUUAUUUUAACAGAUUAUUAGGUAUAGUGAAUAUCUCGGUUACCAAUAAAGAAGAGGUGGUGUUUUAUGCUCCAACCUAUAUUAGUGCUCUAACAGAUAUCUUAAAGAAAUCAUUACAGGAUGAAAAUGGACAGAGAAUUGUGAAGAAUUAUCUUGUAUGGCAUGUUAUAAAGGCUUUUGCUCCAUUAUUAUCCAAGAAGUUUAGAGAUGCUAAAGAACAGUAUUCAGAAGCUAUUGAAGGUAUGAGUGUGAGUGGUAAAGAUGACUUAUGGCGUACCUGUAUUACUGAUACAAAUAGUGUAUUAGGGUUUGCUCUAGGAGCUAUGUUUGUUAGGGAAACUCUACAUGGUGAAAGCAGAUAUAAGGCAGAGGAAAUGAUAGAAAUGAUAAAAACAGCAUUCAAAAAGAAUUUACCUAAAUUAACUUGGAUGGAUGCAAAGACAAGACUAGCUGCUAUAGAUAAGGCUGAUGCCGUAGUAAAUAUGAUUGGUUUUCCUCAAUAUAUAUUGAAUGCUACUCAGUUAGAUAAAGAAUAUGAAAAGUUAUUUAUAAAUGAAUCUGAAUAUUUUUAUAAUAAUGUCAGAAAUUUGAAAUACCAACUGGCUGAAAACCUUAAAACAUUGAGGAAACCACCAAAGAAAAACUCAUGGAGUAUGACACCUGCAACUAUUAAUGCAUACUAUACGCCUUCUAAAAAUGAAAUUGUUUUUCCUGCUGGUAUUUUACAAGCACCAUUCUAUGAUCAAACAUUCCCCAAGUCGCUCAAUUUUGGAGCUAUGGGUGUGGUGAUGGGACAUGAGUUAACACAUGGAUUUGAUGAUCAAGGUCGAGAAUUUGAUAAACAUGGUAAUUUAAGACCAUGGUGGAAUAAUGAUUCAGUUAUAAAGUUUAAUGAACGUGCUCAAUGUAUGACAGACCAGUACUCUAGUUAUAAACUUAAUGGCAAAAAUAUGCGUGGUAAACAAACAUUAGGAGAGAAUAUAGCAGAUAAUGGUGGUCUUAAAUCUGCAUUUAAUGCAUAUGUUAGCUGGAUAGAGAAACAUGGUGAAGAACCCCCACUACCAGCUAUUGGUUUAUCACAUAAACAAUUAUUUUUUCUAGCAUUUGCUCAAGUAUGGUGUUCAUCAAGUACUAAAGAAGCUAUACAUUUAGAAAUAGUAACAGAUGCUCAUAGUCCAGCUAGUAUCAGGGUUUUGGGAACACUGUCCAAUUCUAAUAUAUUUGCCAAGUUAUAUAAUUGUCCUGUUGGAUCAAGAAUGAACCCAAAGAAGAAAUGUGAAGUUUGGUGAAAAAAGGUCUGUGAUAGUGAAAAGAUUUGAUAGCUGCUCAAUGGUUGAUACUAACAUAUAUUAUAAUCAAGAUAGCUAUAUAGAUAGAUCAUAUUAAUGAUUCCAUUGUGAUAUUCUUUUCAUGCACUAUAAUAAUUGUUUGUCGUUGUUUUAUGAUAAAGAAAAUAU